AUGUUUUGUGGACAUUGGACAGAGCAUCUUAUUCAAAAACAUUCAGAAUGGUUCACUGAAAAUUUAAUUUCCAUUCUCCGAUGUACUUGGUUAAUUCCUACUUGCAACAAAAUCAAACAACAUUGCUUUGAAAAAAUCUGUGACGAUCCAUGGUUGUUAUUCGCUUCAGAUCAAUUUUAUAAUGUCGAAGAAGAUAUAUUGGUCACUGUCUUGGAACGUGAAGACUUGAAUUUGCCCGAAGUAUAUAUUUGGAAUAAUGUUAUUAAGUGGGCUAAAGGACAGCUUAGUGUUGGAUUAGAUCCAGAUGUUUCAAGAUGGUCUCCAACCGAUUUUUCGCUAUUGGAAGAAAAGAUGCGUAACUGUCUUCCACGUAUUAGAAUGAACAAUAUUGAUAUGGAAGAAUAUUAUCAUAAUGGCAAAUUAGUCACUCGUGAAAAGAAUCCUUUCAAUUUUCGGCUUUUAAUUCGUGGUAGUGAUCAUGGGUUUUGUGGUGAAGUUUUUGAUCGAAUUAGAUUCGAAUAUCCUGCGUUGCUAGUUUUAAUCCUUACGGAAAGCGAAGAAAUGAUUGGUGGAUAUCAAAGAAUUAAUAGCAAUUAUUGGAAAAUGUUUGGAUAUGAUUACGAUCGAGAUAUAGAGUUAUACAACCCAACUAUGCUGUGUACAAUCAUAACGGAUGGGGACCAUGUUUCGGAGAUGGUGAUUUAUGGCUGA